ACAUAUUUACGACAUUUUAAAAUUUCAGAAAAUAAAAUCUUUUUCAAAAUGCAGAUCAAGGCAGUUGAGGAUUUCAAAUCAAAGUUUAAAAGGAACCAGAAGACAAGGGAGAUGGUUUCUCACACAGGGAAGGUUCAUACUGUAGACUGGAGUACAGAUGGGAAAAAGCUGGCUUCAGGAUCCUACGAUAAGACAGUUUGUAUAUUUACUCUGGGAACGGAAAGAUUGGCCAAAGAACAUGUUUUUAAGGGACAUACGGAUUCAGUAGACCAGCUCUGCUGGCAUCCAAUAAAUCCAGAUCUUCUUGCUACAGCCUCGGGAGAUAAAACAGUCAGGAUCUGGGAUACUAAAUCAAAUAAAGCAGUCACUACAAUCAAUACAAAGGGUGAGAAUAUAAACAUCUCUUGGUCUCCUGAUGGUAAAACUAUUGCUGUCGGAAACAAGGAGGAUCUCGUCACUUUCAUUGAUUCAAGAACAUACAAGGUGAAGGGUGAGAAGCAGUCAAAGUUUGAAACCAACGAGAUCUCCUGGAACCUGGAGAACGAUCUAUUCUUUCUCACCAACGGACAGGGCUGUAUAGAGGUUUUAACAUGGCCAGAGCUAGAGGUGCAACAUAUAAUUCAGGCACAUCCUGGGAACUGUAUCUGUAUAGAGUUCUCCAGAUGUGGCAGGUAUUUUGCUACCGGAAGUGCAGAUGCUCUUGUAUCUGUGUGGGACGCACAUGAGUUGACCUGCAUAAAAACCUUCUCAAGGCUAGAAUGGCCGGUUCGAACGAUCUCCUUCAGUCACGAUGCUGCCCUGCUAGCGAGUGCCAGUGAAGAUAUGAAGAUAGACAUUGGUCACGUGGACACUACGGAGAAGGUUGCAGAGAUACCAGUAGAUUCUCCAACUUUCACAAUAUCCUGGCAUCCAUCCAGGUACCUGCUAGCUUAUGCAUGUGAUGACAAGGAUAAGUAUGCCAAGGAUCGAGAUGCUGGAAGUCUUAAGGUCUGGGGUUUCCCUUCGGACUAAUGAUUUCAACACCUGCUGUACCUGCAUUUAUUUUUAUUCACCUGUACUCUGAAAACAUCGUAAAUACAUGGAUCAAACCAAAUAAGUAUUUAACAAGUUUUUCUUUACGAUCGCUCAGCUUUGUGAACAAUCAACAGUCGAGAACUCCUGAGAUCUUUUGUCUAACAUAUUUUCAGUUAUCUAUGUACUUAUCUCCAUAAUCUUUGUAUUUCUUCUCAUGUACUUUAUGAACUCCUUGAACUCCUGAAUGUUUGCAGAA